CGGUGGGGCGGGCGGGCCGCCUCAGGGCCCCUCGCAGUGCGGGAAUUUCGGACGGGGCGGAAGGAGCGGCGGCCUGGGAGAGGAGGAGGGAAGAUGCCGUAUGUUAAGAAGACUGCUGGAAAAAGAGCCCCUGCAAAAAGGAAACUUGCUGAAGUGUUUGAUCUUGGGGAGGUUCUAGCAGAUACAUCAAAAAAAGAAUGGAAAUUAGGUGUCCCUAUAGGGCAAGGAGGCUUUGGACGUCUAUACCUUGCUGAUGUUAAUUCUUCAAAGCCGGUUGGCAGUGAUGCACCUUAUGUUGUAAAAGUGGAACCCAGCCAGAAUGGACCUCUUUUUACUGAGUUAAAGUUCUACAUGCGAGCUGCUAAGCCAAAUGAAAUUCAGAAGUGGACUAAGUCCCAUAAACUGAGAUAUUUAGGUGUACCGAGAUAUUGGGGUUCUGGCUUGCAUGAAAAAAAUGGAAACAGUUAUCGAUUUAUGAUAAUGGACCGAUUUGGCAGAGAUCUUCAGAAAAUGUAUGAAGAAAAUGCAAAGCGAUUUCCCCAUAAAACUGUACUACAAUUAGGCCUGAGGAUACUUGAUAUUCUGGAAUAUGUCCAUGAGUAUGAAUAUGUGCAUGGAGACAUCAAAGCCUCAAACCUUCUUCUGAGUUACAAGAACCCUAAUCAGGUAUACUUAGUAGAUUAUGGACUAGCCUACCGAUACUGUCCUGAAGGAGUUCACAAAGUAUAUAAAGAAGAUCCUAAAAGGUGCCAUGAUGGAACUAUUGAAUAUACCAGUAUUGAUGCACACAAGGGUGUGGCACCAUCGAGACGUGGAGAUCUGGAGAUCUUGGGUUAUUGUAUGGUGCAUUGGCUUAGUGGCCAUCUACCAUGGGAGGAUAAUUUGAAAGAUCCAAAUUUUGUCAGAGACUCAAAAAUCAGGUGUAGAGAUAAUAUUUCAGUUUUGAUGGACAAAUGCUUUCCUGGAAAAAAUAAACCAGAUGAAAUAGCCAAGUAUAUGGAAAAGGUGAAGCUACUGAGCUAUGAAGAAAAACCUGUUUAUCAGCAUUUCCGAGAAAUACUUCUGCAAGGACUUAAAGCCAUUGGGCAAAAAGAUGAUGGAAUACUUGACUUUGGCUUGGCAGAGAAUGAAGACUUGCAAACAAAUCCCAUGCAAAAGAGAAAGAGAAAGGCAGCAGCUGCAACCAAUGAGAGCACUGAAGCAGAAAGGGAAGAUUCAGGAAGCCCGGAAAAAAAAAAGGCUAUUUCUAAUGCGGUAGCUACUAGAACCCGGAAGGUGACCUCACCAAAACCUAAGAAAGUCACAGCAACCAGAAAGAGGGUCCAGAAGUGAAUAAUAAAUGGAGCAAUAAAUUAAGUUGCUCUUUGGCUCAUCUCUGGGUUUUUCAGUUACUAUAACACUGGAAUUUUUUUUUUCCCAUUUUUAAAUGAUGAAUCUUGUAAAAAACAUGGACUGCUGUUUGUACCUGUUUUUGAAGAAUGUUUUAUUAAAAUGUUUGCAUAACUUAUGUGUACUUAGUUACUAAUGUAAAAGUUUGCCAAGUUUGAAAUGAGGAUGCAUUUUUAUUCUUUUUAUAUACGAACUCAUAUCUUUAAAGGCAAACUAAAAGAAAGUGCUUUUUCUGCUUUACAGUAUAGAAAUAAAGCCUUAUUUAGUUUAGUUUGGGUACUUUACAAGAAACAGAUGCGUUGCAUCUCAUUUCUUCUAAUGUUGAGUAAUGUCUUAUUGGAGGUCACUUAGAUGUACACUGAGAUGAAGUCUGAAAUGGUAGUGACAUCUUUUAAAUGUUUAUCAAAUGUUUGAAUUAAAAAAAGAGAGCAUAAGACAAAAAUCACACCCUUUUGUUAUAAAAUGUGUUUCAACAGUUCUUUGAAGGACAAGUCAUGAAUUUUAGUUACUGUUUUGUAUAGUAUUUGUGUUUGUUUACCUAUUCCAAUUAUUCAUAGCUUCUCUGGGAAGAAAGAGACCAGAUUUUCAGACAUAGGGCCCAAGGCAAAGAAGAGAACCAACCAUUUGGUUGGUGUAUUUGUGUGGAUGUCCAGUGCUCUGCUUGCUUGGUUGUGUAAUGCCUGAGUAACUACUCACUGAAAUAAAUAUGUUGUAGCAUAAAAUGUUGAAUGAAUGAUGAAGUCAUGUUUUGAAAGCGAGGAAGACCAUUGUUUUGAAAUAAAACUGGAAUA